AUGACCACUAAUCAAGCCACUUCAGCGGAUGAGGAUCCAAUAAGUUAUAUUGACUGCAGUGAAGAUUGCAUUCCAAAUGACUUAUCUAAUGAAAUGGAAUAUGGUGAAAUCAAAGAUUCCAGAAAUGAUGAAAUAGAAGAUGAUAUACCUAAUGACUUGUCUGAUAAUAAGUUUAAUGCCAUUCUACCAUCACCAACAAAGAGUACUACUGUUGUGAUUGAGGUUGGAAUGAAAUUUUCCGAACAAAAGGAUAUAUUAGACUUGUAUACAACAUUUGGGAAGGCAAACGGUUUUGGAAUUCGGAAAAGAACAUCCAACGAGAACUACGUGAUGCUAACAUGUGUUAGAGAGGGUUAUCAUCAACCGAGAAAGGGAAAAGAUGUGUGUGAAUUGUGUGCAACCAAACCAAGGUGGACAUCAUCAUCACGUAUGGGGUGUGAAGCUUGUCUCAAGGCUUCUAGAGAGAAAAAAACAAAAAUGUGGAAAAUCACAUAUUUCAUUGACAAGCAUAACCAUGAGAUGGUUACUCCAAAAAGUGUUUCAUAUUUGAGAUCACAUAGAAAAAUGCCCGAUGCUGCAAAAUGUUUGAUAGAAGAAUUCAAUAACGCGGGUUUGCCUACUGGAAAGGUGGCCACUAUCUUCAAAAGCCAUGAUUUAGGGUUUGACAGUCGAGAUUGUUAUAAUCAUAUGAAAAAUGUGAGGAGAAGGUCCCUCUUAUUAGGAUGUGCUUUAUUACACGAUGAGACUGAGGAUAGUUUUGUAUGGCUUUUUGAGGAAUGGCUUCGAGCAAUGAAUGGAAAACAUCCAGUUGCCAUAAUUACUGAUCAAGACUUGGCGAUUAGCAAUGCAGUCUCCAAAGUUUUUCCAAAUACGAAACACAGAUUUUGUUUGUGGCAUAUCAUGAAAAAGUUUCCAGAAAAGUUAUCUCAUCUCUACCAUGACCACGCAUCAUUUAAAAGGCAUUUGAAUGACUGUAUUUGGAGCUUCAAGAGCACUCAAGAGUUUGAAGAUAGAUGGCAAAGAUUUCUUAUUCAGUAUGGUCUUAUUGAAAAUGAGUGGUUGAAUGUACUUUAUAUAAUUAGAUCCUCUUGGGUACCAAUCUUUAACCAUUCCACUUUCUUUGCUGGUAUGAACACUACUCCACGUAGCGAAAGUAUAAAUUCAUUUUUUGAUGGUUUUGUUACAUCUGGCACAACUUUAAAGGAAUUUGUGGAGAAAUAUAACCAAGCAAUAGAUGCUCGCUACGAGUCAUUUAAAAAAGAAGACUUUGAAUCUAGGCACAAAGAAAGGAUUUUGACAUUUAAUAUGCCAUUGGAGGAGCAUGCUGCUAAAGUGUAUACCCGUGCAAUUUUUUCAAAGUUUUGCGAUCAACUUUCUCUUAGUUUACGAUUUUCUAAGGAGAAACUUGGGGAUGAUUGUGAGUGGGUUAUUUACCGAGUUUUUAACAGGAAAGAUGUAGAAGAUUAUGCAACAGUUGAGAUGAAAUUGGAAAACAGAGAAGCUAGGUGUUCUUGCCAUUAUUUUCAGUUCAUGGGAAUCUUAUGUCGGCACAUGCUUGCUAUUUUUCUUAUUGAAAAUGUUGAACAGAUUCCUGAACACUUCAUUCUGCAGCGUUGGAGCAAGGAAGGAAAUGUGAUACCAAGCGGAGAGAAGGACAAAUGUACUGCAAAUGGAGAUAGACUUCUUCGCAGCUUUCAUCUACGCUCUAGAUAUUCCAAACUUGAUGACCUUGCAUAUAAGUCAGAUGAAGCAUUUAAAUUAAUUUGUGAUGGUAUUGAUUCUCUCUAUAAAGCUGCAGAAAAAGUUCUAGCGUGCGAAGAGAGUAGUGGUCUUGGGGAUUCUAAUUUACAGUUGUUGAGUUUUCAUCAUGAAGAGCCUUCUAUGAUGUACUUGAAGGAUCCAAAUAUUUCACAAACGAAAGGGCGGAAAAGGGACUCAGAAAGUACUUCACAGGGACACAGGAUUCGUAGCGGGAUUGAAGAAGCAUCAAAGCAUACUAAUAUUUGUGGCAAUUGGGUUAUUUUUGGCAAUUGUAGUAGCACUUAUAGUAAAAGUGGUGUGUUUUCUUCUAGUCAUAUUACACACCAAUUGGGAGAAAGAAGUAACAUGUUCACCAAUUGGCAAGCCACAAGUGAUGUGUUAAGCUAA